UUACACCAGAGUCGCCAAUCACAUUUACUCUCAUUUUUAUAAUAAUUUCUCCAUCUUCUUCCUUCCUCUUCUACCUUAUAGAACCUUCACAGAUCAUAAACUCUAUAUCUCUGCAACAAUCUAUAGCUUCUUGUUGAUUCAUUACAUAUAGAAAUGGGAAGACAUUCUUGUUGUUAUAAGCAAAAGCUUAGAAAAGGCCUUUGGUCUCCUGAAGAAGAUGAAAAACUUCUCAAUUACAUAAGUAGACAUGGUCAUGGCUGUUGGAGUUCUGUCCCCAAGCUCGCAGGUUUGCAGAGAUGUGGAAAGAGUUGUAGACUUAGGUGGAUAAACUAUUUGAGACCAGACUUAAAAAGGGGAGCUUUCUCUCAAGACGAAGAAUGCUUGAUCAUUGAGCUCCACGCUGCGUUAGGCAACAGAUGGUCUCAGAUCGCAACUAGGUUACCAGGAAGAACAGACAACGAGAUCAAAAACUUUUGGAACUCAUGUCUUAAGAAGAAGCUGAGAAGAAAAGGCAUCGACCCAACUACACACAAACCCUUAAUAAGCGAUCUUCAAACUCUUAACGUCAUAAAUCAGAAGCUGACGUCAUCCGAAGUACUAAAGUUAACGGGUUUGUUAAACAAUCCACAUGAUCAGUCAAUGAUCGUCUCAUCGCAACCAGGUUCAUGGUGGUUCCCGAAUCAAAACGCUGCGUUUUGCUUAAGUUCAAAUACGGUUUCAGACCAGAUCGUAUCUUUAAUCUCUUCAAUGUCCACGUCAUCAUCUACGACACCAAUUACUUCAUUAAACCCUGUUCCUGAACUCAAUUACUGCAACAACACAGUUCCAUCUCCCACCAACAGUAUCUACAGUGCUUUCUUUGGUAAUAAUUACACAGAAGCUAGCCAAAUCAACAAUAAUAAUAAUAAUCAUGUAGUGAAUCAUCCUCAUGAUCAAGACAUGAAGUCAUGGGCAUCGGAGAUACUUCAUUACAACCAAAGCUCAGAAACUGGUUUAGAAGCAGAGGUGAAGCCAGAUAUUGCCAAGUACUAUUGGAGAUCAGCAUCAUCAUCGUCAUCACCAAACGAAAACGCUGAGGCAUUACUACAUGAUGCUGACAUUGAGUGGUAUGCUAAAAAUCUUCAAAAAGUUCAUAACAUGGCGUUUGAUCAGAGCCUUUAGAGUUAUAUUAUAUGCUAGAGAAUUUUCUAUCUAUAUUCACGGACCGGAGUUUAUUUGAUUGAUACAUAUAUAAUAUAUGUUCGUCAUGUAUGUAAGUAUAUAUAUGUUUUUUGGUUGUGUAAAUUUUCGCGAUCGUGUGUAUAUAUAUUUUUGGUGCUAAGAUGUAACUCGUUUUUCUUCUUUUUACUUGUCAUGACUUUGAUCUUAAUAGAGUUUCAAAUUAUUUUUA